AUGCAGCUCAAGAAACAGCGAUCUCUUCGGGGAUUGCGCUCGAUACAGCCAUUUAGCAUCAACAAUAAAGGAUCAAAGUCCUUACGGGGAAUGCGAUCGUUUGGACGCAAGACGACGACGACGACGAAUCCUGAAGAUCCAACAACAGCAACCUACUACACGGAAGGAUCUUCGUCGUCCAACAGUUCCGUGGGUUCUCUUGAAUUCAAUCUCGACAGUAUGAAUGAUAAACGAGAGCCUCCUACAUCAAGCACGGGUGCUAAAGAAGUUAAAGCUUCCCUCAACAAUGAUAAUCAGUGGGCGAUCUUUCCUCCUUCACCAACGGUGGGCCGAGAGAGCAUGAAAAGCAAGACUGCUCCUAGCAUGAAACUUUCCAAGGAUAGUAUUGGCCAACAAAAACCUCCUGUAGCAGAAGUGAGCCUGGAGAGCAAGAAGGCUCAGACUUAUUCACCUACUAGUACUCAGACUGUGAAAUCUUCCACGACGAACAAGAUUGACCAACAAAAACCACGACCUUCGGCGAUGGAAAGAAGCCAGAAGAACAAUGAAAUAAAGAGUAGCGAGCCGAAGUCUAGUUCAACUAUAGUGCAUCGGGAGAACCAGAAAAGAACACAGGCUAGCCAGGUGAAAACCCCAACGCCAAAAGUGAUCCGAGAGAGCAGGCGAGACAAGAACAGGUGGGGCCAAGAGGCAAUGUCUUCCACGAAGAAGGAUAGCAAACCAGCCAAUUCAACCCGUUCUAGACCUGCGGCUGUUCUUGCUACAGGUGCCGUAGUCUCGUUACAAACAAAUGAUGAGAGAGCAUCAUCAGGUGACAGAAUCAGAAUGGCUGUGGAAAAGUACUACAGUAAGCUCGAAGCUGUCAAACAAAAGCAGGAGGAAGAACGAGACUACCUGUUUGAUGAUGCAUUGUCCGCCUCCGAGGAUGAUUACACGGAUGCUGGCUACACAGUUUUUUCUGAUAUGACAGGAAAUACGGAUGGUUACACAGUUUUUUCUGAUACAGCAACAGGACACUCCCGAAUGGUGGACAUCGAUGAUAUCAUUGAGGAUGAUGAAUUCAAAAGAGCAACAUUCGGAGACGAUAUGGCGUCCGUAGACUCAAUGGCUACUGGUAUCUCCGGUGGGGAACAGUGGGGGACUGGAUUGUUUGAUUGUGUUCUGUUGAGAUACAAUGUUACCAUGAGACCUUCCUUUACUGCUCUUUCCCUUUGGAAACACAAUAGUGUUGAAUGGAGCCCCAAACUUACAGCUGUUCAAGCUCACUUGCGAGCGAAUACCCGCUAUGUUUUGCCCGACUUACCGCACGUGUUGACUUCGGAGGAGCGAGAGGAUUUCAUGUUACAAGUGUCGCCUCCCAAUCGUGUAGUGACUAUUGCAACUUGCCAUCAUACUCCAUCAUCUCUGAAAGAAUUCAGUCUUAAGGCAGACACAAUCUUGCUCGUCGGAGGGAAUGAUAAAUCUGACAAAACCCUUUCCACCAGUGAUGCCGCAAUAUUACUGAAGGAGCAAAACGAAGAUAUUUCGUUAUGGGGAGUCACCAAUCCAAAUGAUCCGUAUAGUUUUGAAAGUGUGAAUAAAAAGAUUGACGCUGGAAUGGAAGGUUUCAUCACACAACCAUUAUUGUCCACUCCUGCCUUGGAUAUUUUUGAAAGCUAUCCUAGAGAUGCUGACACAAGGUAUGUUGCCGGUCUGGCAAUGCCAAGGAGUGCCAAGAAUCUUCAAUUUUGGUUGAAACUAUUAGAUCAACCCGAGCUGGAACAAGAUGCUCUGUUCAAGGCUCAUUUGGCCUUCUUUUCACAACCUUACUUCACGUCCAUGGCUUGGCUUGGAAGGGAGUUGGAAAACCUAUCAACACGAGCCACACUUGAUGGUGUCCAUCUAAUGCCCAUGGGAAACACAGAAGACUUGAUCAAUGUCUCUAGAUUUAUUUAG